GAACCUGUAUCAUCGUGAAUACGCACCUGUGCUGGAAAGGACUUCUUUGAACACUGAAUGUUACACCCACUAGCGAAACUCUUCCCCUUCCUCUUUGAGGUUUUUCGGCAUGACUCUUCCCUCCUGGAUUUGGUCUUCGUUGGUGUCGCAAUAUUCAAGGAACUCCUGCAGUGCAAAAAGUGUUUUGUCCAUGGAGCCACGACCCGUUUUUCAGCUUGAAGACAGCUAGCUAUCUGUUUGGAAACCGUCAAGUAGAGGAAACUAAGGUCCAUUUGUUGAGGACGCUUUACUUCUACAUCAAGGUCACUUUGACACAAAACCAUGAUUGAGUUGAAAUGGAGCAUGAACAGGCUCAUCUGCACCGAUCCCCUGCUGAGGCUGUUCGAUGGCCCAUCAGGCUAGCAGCAGUCAACAUCUGUCACCAUGGAGUGUGCUGCACCCUCCCAGACCGUUGGGUUGCCAUGACGAGCGAGGAGGAGGAGGGCCCCAGCGUUGCAACAUCAACAGCAACAACACCGUCAGCGGCGGCAAUCUCCAGGGUAACAACCGCCAUAGCCAGGGGCGACAGCAGUGAUGAUGCCGUCACUUCCUCCUCCCCCCGCAGACCCUCCCCGUACCACCUCCCAUGUCCCGAGGAAAAGGAAGAGAAAGAGGAGGAAAUAGAAGAGGAAGGGAUUAUUCAAGAAGAGAGGAUUGAGAAGGAGGAGGAAGAGGAGGUGGUGGAGUGUGAGCGAGAUGAUGAAGAUGAUGAAGAUGAUGGCAGCAGUGAUACCAGUGUGUUAGUAGUGCCCUACCCUGAGCUGGUGCCUGUGGUCUUCUUCUGCCUCAAGCAGACAACCUGCCCUCGCAGCUGGUGCAUCCGCAUGGUUUCCAGCCCAUAUCCUUUUUAUACUGUGAAUAAUGAGAGUUUGAGUUUGUUAUUUCAAAAGUGCCUGUCUGUCUUAAUCCAUCAUCAUUUAAUCAUUCAGCAUCCUUCAUUAAAGAACAUUGAGAAAGCCAUAAUUUCUCUCAAAAUCUUUCUAUUAGUAGGUGAUGGAUUCAGUUGUGAAUCAACACAAACCCUGGCUUUAGAUGUUUCACCUCACCGGACAAAUUCACAGCCCCUGUUUCCAACCUUAAUUUCCAUUUAG